GUGGGAGCUGCAGUACGAUCUCCUGCUGCAGAAACAUGACCAGCAACGUCAGGAGCUGCGACAAACUCGGCAAGAGCUUGCACGCCUCCGAGAGGCAGGCCUUACGCUUCAGGCCGCCGCCGACGGCUUGCUGGGCUCCUGCACCGCCGCGGAGACGCUGCAAGAGAGGUGGCCAGAUGCGGAUCGCUCCCAAAGAUCGGAGCAGAACCUGAGUCCAGUCCUGCUGCUAGGCGAGUGUGGCAACGCCAUGCCGCAGGCAGUGUGCGCGGCGUUUCAGGUGGCAGCUGCUGUUGAUUGUGUCAUUGUCGGGGGAGGCGUCACCGGAUGCGCCAUGCUCUACAACCUUGCCCAGCGGGGCGUCAAGUGCGUCCUUUUUGAAAAGGGCGAGCUUACUUGUGGAGCCACCUGGCAUGCAGCGGGUCUGGUGACCCGUUUCCAUGGCGGUAACAACUUCCGCCUGUGGCACGAUGAGGGUGUGAACCUCUUUACGCAGUGGCAAAACGAAGGAACCCCGCUCAGUUUUCACACGCCGGGCUCCAUCCGACUGAUCCCCAACGAGAAGUCCUACAUCGACGAGGCCAGAUACCAAGUCGGCAAAGCGAAGAUCUUCUCGUCUCUAUUCGGUUGUGCUGAACACCACAUGAUCUCCCCAGAUGAGAUCAAGGAGAAGCAUCCUCUGGUGAACCUAGACGACAGCGGGAUCUAUGCUGGCAUUUUGACAGAGGGGGAUGGUCACAUCGACCCAAGCAGUGUCACAAAUGCCUUUGCAGACCGAGCUAAAGGCCUCGGCGGCGUCAUCGAGCAGAAAACGGAGGUGGUGGCCCUCAACCUGCUUCCCAGCAAGCAGUGGGAAGUCAUUACCCGCACAGCUGCAGGUGAAGAAAAGCGGACGGUAGCAGACUUCGUGAUCAACGCAGCCGGGCUCUGGUGCGACAAAGUUGGUGCCAUGGCUGGCGUCCGCGUGCCGUCGGUGGUGUUGCAGCAUCAGUACUGCAUCACGGAGGCCAUCCCGGAAGUGAAGGAGUAUCACGACAAGCACGGCCACCAGCUGCCAGUGCUCCGGGACUUGAAGGGCUCCUUCUACGUGCGCGACGAACGCGACGGGAUCCUGCUGGGUCCCUACGAGUAUUCGGAGGCCAUGCAGCUCGCCCCGGCGGAGUGGCGGCAGACAGGCAUGCCCAACGAGUACUCUAACUUCCUUUUUGAGGGCGAUGUGGAGCGCCUGAUGCCGCACCUGGAGCGGGCGAUGGAGAUCCUGCCGCAAUUUGGGGAAGUAGGCAUGAAGACCGUGCUGAACGGGCCCACGAUGUGGCCGGCGGAUGGAAACCACCUUGUCGGCCCUGCACCGGAGUGGGACGUGGCGCCCAACUUUUGGCUGGCAUGCGCAGAGUCCUACGGCAUUGCGCACAGCGCAGGCCUAAGCCGCUACCUGUCGGAGUGGAUUGCCAACGGGGAGCCGCCCUACGAACUGAAGGAGGCCGACCCUGCGAGGUACGGUGCAUGGGCCACGAAGGACUGGGUGGCCACGAAGGUUCGAGAGACUUAUGGCAUGAACAACCACGUGCACUUCCCGAACGAGAACUUGCUGGGCGCCAGGCCUGUGGAGCCGAUUCCGAAUGGUGAUAUCUACGACGUGCUGAAGUCCCAGGGCUGUCAGUUCGGCUUCCACAACGGAUGGGAGUCCGCGAACUAUUUCGACCCCAGCUCCGGGGGCGAGCAGCACGGCAAUGCCCGGGGCUCCUUUCGACGGCCACCCUACAAGGAUUUGGUCGAGAAGGAGUGCCGUGAGAUGGCUGGCUUCGGUGGCAUUUGCUACUGGCCGUUCGCGAAGUACCACGUCUCUGGGCCUGGCGCUGUAGACUUCAUGGACCGGCUGGUGCCGAACAGGUUGCCAAAAGUCGGCCGCUGCGCACUUUCGUACUUCUUGACGCCGCAGGGCAAAGUCAGCAGCGAAGUCAUGCUAGUGCGGCUGGCUGAAGACAAGUUCUAUGUGGUCUCCUACCCUGAGCAGGAGCUGUUUGACUGGCGCUGGUUGCACAUGAACAAGCCGGCGGAGGGCGUAGAUAUCGAGAACGUCACCGCUGACUUCGGGACGCUCAUGGUGUCCGGUCCAGAGAGCCGCCGCGUCCUGGCGCAGCUGGAUGGCGACGAGACAAACUGGUCCAAGGAGAACUUCAAGUUCUACGCCUGGAAGCAGGUGGAGCUUGCUGGCAUCCCCUGUGUGCUAGGUCUAGGCUGGACAGUAAAAUUACGAAUGAAUGCAGCGGAGUUCCUGGUCAUGCAGUUUCAUCAUGUCAGCCAACUAUCCCAGAACACGCCUAUGCAGCAAAUCAAGUUAUAUCCCGUAGGAUGUAACGUGAGCGCAGCAUCUGCAUGUUGUGAGUGUUCGUCGUGCGAUGAUGAUAUGGAAAAGCUGUCCCCCAAGCGCAGCUCGCGGUGGUCUGCAAGCAGCUCGCACGCUACACAUGCGUCGCCACGGCAUGCUUCACCGCGAGUGUCGACCUUCCUGGACGGAGGGGCAGAAGCGGAGCGACCGGCUUGGCUUCCGUCUGAGGGACCUGGGAAUCGCCACGUGCCACCUGAGAUGUGGGCGAUGUCAGCAACCCAAUUCCACGGGUUUCUUGCUGCCUGCAAGGCCACCAGUUUCUACGACGAGCUACUACAGAGGACGGACGGUAAAAUGAACAUGUACGACGUUUGUGAUGCCUUCGUCAAGCCUUGGACGACUGGCACGGGGAACAGUGUCGCCCUGCUGCUGAACAACCAGCAGCCAUUACCAGUGGAGUUGAUGAUCUCACACGCCUGGGCAGAGGAGAUCGAUGAAUGCGCUGAGGCACUCAUGUUGUACUUCGUGCGCUUCAACAUCUUGGAGAACACAGCUUGCUGGUUCUGUGUGUUCGCGAAUUAUCAGCCAGGCGACUGUUUCACUGUCCAGGAGCAGAUUGCACUUGAUCCAUUUGCUAAGGUCUUAGCGGCCAUUAACCAGCUGGGCUGUGAGCAGGGUUUCGACGAUGCGCGCCGAGGGAUGGUCGUGAUACACACAUCGACUUCAGAAGUCUAUGAACGUCUCUGGUGUGUCUUCGAAAUCGGGAAGGCCUCCCUCGAGGGUGUUCCAACCAGAGCCGCGUCGUCCUACGCCUACGUUGUCGCUCAGACGGGGAAAAGCAAGGAAAGCCUCAGAGUGCUGACGGAAAAUGCCAGGUGCUCAGUGCGCGAGGACGAGCAGCGGAUUCGUGAGCUGUUGGUCAGCGAAUUCGGGGGUGCUGAGAUGCUGAACAGCACGAUCUGGGAGUUCCGCAUGGCGAUGAUGAACCAGAUGGGCUAUGAGCUCCGCUCUGGAGGAUGGUAUGCCGUUCCCAACAUGAGCUUUUUCCGCAAAGGCAAGAACGCUUCAACCGACCUUGUUCAGCUCCAGGCAGCGAGCUUGCGAGCGUUGUCUGACGGUGAAUACAGCAAAACUUGCCGGGCGCUGCGCGUCAGCUUUACCGGAGAGUUGGGUUGGGAGCUCCAUCCAGCCACCGGCGAUGUCGCCCCGCUGUACUGGGCGCUGAAAGCUGCGGAGCCGCGCUUGAAU